AAGUCAGGAACUAUCGCGGCCGCGUGGCGCCCGCGCCGUGUGUCGCCCAGUCUUGCCGAUUUCGAGCGCUCCCGCGGUUCCGGCUGAUUCGUACGCGCGAGCGGUACCAGAGAGAAACCCGUCGAGUCUCUCGCCCACCUUGUCCGACGACUCUUCGGUCUCGCGUGUUCGCGCCCGAUGUCGUCGCGCGCCCGCGCGUUUUCGCGUUUCCGUUCGCGCGACUAAGUCUCCACUUACCCUUCUUGUUUUUAUGGGAAACCGCGGAAACGGAAGCGCCGCGGUACCGAUCGGCGAGCGAGGAUAUAUGUAGACAAGAAGCGCGACGUGCGCGCGUUCACAGUGACACAUCGGAGGAUCCUUCACCGGCAGGAUGGAUAAAGACUUUCGCCGGAAGUAUAAAAAAAUGCGAUGUGGUCUGCUUCAUCUGCUGCUGAUAGUGGGGGGUGCAACAGGUUUGAAAGAUCUGACGAUAAACGUACCGCCCAUGGUGAGAUCAAGCGAUACCGUAACAUUGUCAUGCCAUUACGACCUGGAGGGUUUAGCUUUGUACACCAUACAAUGGUUUUUCAAUGAUCACGAAUUUUAUCGCUUUAUACCCGACCGCAAACCACCCCUACUGCCGUACAGCAUUUUCAACGUGUCUGGUAUACAAGUAAACGUCUCCAAAUCGAACUCGCACGACGUAACAUUGGUGGACGUGUCCAGGGAGCUUACCGGGACGUACAAGUGCGAGGUGUCCGCGAGCAGCCCUUCCUAUCACACCAUGAUCGAAAAGGCCAGGAUGGAAGUAGUUGACGCCCCAAAAACGGAUCCUACGAUUCGUACCGAGAAGGAGCGCAUAGCAGUGGGCGAGACGCUACGGGCGAACUGCACCUCAGGCAAAUCCCGCCCCGCCCCCGACGUUACGUGGAAGCUCAACGGUGAAGUCAUCACGAGGAACAAUGAUCUAUACAAAAUACGGGAUCACGAAACUUUUCACGAAAACGACACACAAUCUAUAAGCUCGCUCAUCGAGUUUCGAGUGACAAACAGUAUGUUUCGCAAAGCACACUUACACCUGCGCUGCACGGUCUCCAUUUCAGACGUUUAUCGGAAAUCGGCGGACAUUGAAAUCUCCGAGGACACACCGCGUAUCGCAUCGAUCACCGGCGAAUCGCCACCGUACGGUCACCGAGCGAACGGAUGCGCCGGACAGUAUUGGCCCUGGAAUGGUAAUCGCGGCGCGACGAUAAUAAUGGCUAUCAUGGCGGCCACCCUGUUCCUGAUGAUGACAUCGCUGACGAUGACGGUGCCCCCGAUAACGAAUGUACUGCCGAGGUGCGAGUCGCCGGUUAGCAGGUAGCUCGCGGGCAUCCUCCAGAUUGAAGAUAUCGCUGAUGCCACUGUCUGAUCCGAUUACGUCGUCCAUGUAAAACCUAGUAGUCUAGGGCUUCCAGUUAUAUAUGUUACUAUGUAUAGAAUAGAUAGUCGAAUAACGAUAAUUUUUAUUCUCGAGGAGCCUAUCGGAAGCGGUCAGGAAUUGGUGAAACGCUGGCGGAUCGACGCGGGGGCUACGCGUAAAUUCAUAUACAGUUACUUUUGAACAUGUUGUCUUUUGAUGUAAAUUGUUGAUCACUAAUAAGAAAAAACAAGGGAAACAGGAAUAGAGCAGCGUCUGUGUAUCGAGACAUAGGCAGACAUAAUGAUUACUUAAGGUAACUUAAGGUGAACGUGAAAUUAUUGCAAACCGAAGGAUCAGCUUCGCAAGCGAUCAGGAUUUAAAAUCGUGACACAAAUGUUUUCAAUAACGAAGAAACGGAGAAGAGGGCGAUCGGGGGAUUCGAUUUUUGUUACGAUUUAAAUUUUCCGACGCGGAAACACUACACACACGUCGAGUGCUGUAAACGCGAUAUUUAUUAGUGACUCGGAGUGUUCACCAAGUGUCAAAUAUAGAUUAUACAGGGGUAACUAUAUGAUAACUGAUAUAAUAACGUUAGCGCAGUAACGAGCGGCGUUCUGCUCAAUAUUCGCUCCUUUUAUGAUGUCUAACAGGAAACGCAUCAUAGGUACCGAUUUGUAAUCUGUACAAAUUGUAAUAAAUUAUAAUACGAACCGUAAA